AUGACUCCUGCCUCCCCCGUUCACAGCAGAAGAGCGAGGGCAGCGCAGACUCACGACCACGACCACGACCACGAUGCUGCCCUCGCUGGAGCCGCCGGAGUCGCUGGUGCUGCCGGGACUGCCGCUCUGGCCAGUGGCGGCAGAGACGAUCGUCGACGCAACUGGGGUCGUAGAGGCAAAGCUCAGGCCGCCGCUGGACAGCAGGAUACUCGAGACCCUGAGAAGGCUGAAUUCGCUGCGAUGCCAUCGGGGCAUCCCACCUCGGUCGAUCAGAAGGGUCGCGUGUAUCCUCUGACGGGUAUUGACAACCUCGCUUUGCUGAUGGAAGAUGAUGGCUAUCAGACGGCUUGUUACAGCAUGUAUCUGUUCAAGACGGAGCUCGACUAUGAUACUGUGCUGCGAUUCUUCCAGCAACUCGCACAGGCCUACCCCAAGUAUCGAUACGUCGUCGAGCUGAACCCGUCCGUAGCCAAGAAGAAGGACAAAGCAGCUCUCCGUGGAACGCAGCCCCAACAAGAGGUCAAAUUUGACCCUGGGCGCAGAACGCUCUAUUCAAAGACCAUUGCAGCUGGAGGUCAUCUGAAGCCGGCCAAGUGGCGUCUGGAUGAGACGUUCGACAUCGAGGACAAUAUCAAAGUCGUCAAGGCUCCUGGAAACGGCACGGACGAGGAUCUCUUCGAACUCUGCGGCCAGGUCCUGGGGACGCAUUUCGACUACAGCAGGCCACUGUGGGAGGCUGUACUUGUUCACGGACUCGACACCUCAGAGGGCGCUCGUUCUGGCUUGAUGAUCAAGAUUCAUCAUGCCUUCUCUGACGGACAGGGAAUGAUCCAAUCGUAUCACUCUGCGCUAGAAGCCCUUUCGAAGGGCAAAAGCAUUGGCGCCCAGCAAAAUGAGAUCGACCGUAACGCCAUGAGCGAGGAGCAGAAGAAGGUCGGCAGCCGAGGCGUGAAGCCGACGAUGCUUGGCACAGUCAGCCACUCCUGGCAUACCGUACGAGGUCUCUACUUCCGUAAACGCACUGCCUUUACAUACUCUGACAAGGCUGCCAAGCAUGCUGUGGACAUCAUGGGAGGAAAGCUCGCAAAGAAUGGUCGACCAUCUGGACGCUUUUACGGCCAUAGCGACGGUAUCAAGAUGGACGACAUCAAGCUGAUCCGCAAAGCAUUCUCCACCAAGAAGGCUGAUCUCACACUCAACGAUGUUGCUUGUGCGCUACUCAGUCGAGCACUCCGCCUCGCUGCCGAAGAUCUAGCGGCACGGCAGGGCAAGAAGGUCAAAGACAAGCGCGUCGCCGUCUUCAUUCCUGUCAGUAAACGUCCACCGGGAGACUGGAGCCUAGCCAACUAUACUACGGGUGCUAUUGCCUGGUUCCGCUUCCACUCUCCAGACAAGUUCGGCUUCGAGAAGCUUGUAGAGCAGUGCAAUCGGGAAAUGACGAGGAUCAAGAAGUCACACUUGCCCACAUUGACCUUCAAGAUGUUCGACAUGGUAUGCAAGCGACGCAUCAUGAUGAUGCCCAACUACCCGGUAGCCAGGUCCUUCUUUCAGAGGGCAUACACACAAUACUGCGUCUUUACGAACAUUCCAGGACCGGCAAAGCCAGUGAGGUUUGGAGAGCACGAAGCCUUCUCGUACCACUGUCUCCCGCCUUCCUCCCCCGGAAAGUCGACGAUGGCCAUUGGAACCAUCUCGUACGGAGGAGCCUUCUCCCUCGCCGUCUCGUGCGACGCCAUCGAGGAGUGGGACCAGGACCAUCUAGAUUUGCCGGGGACAAUUUGCGACGCGUUCCAGGAGGCUUCGGAGGAGCUGAUUGCUGCUGCGAAAGAACGCUUGAGCAGCGGAUGA